AUGGGUAUGUUCGUUGUAGCACCGUCUCCUUUUCAUCACCACCAUGAAUCUCUCAUCUCCGAUUCUCUUAACCCCGCCACCGCCCUCGGCGUCGGGGUUAUCCCGUUACUCACCGCUUCACCUUGUCUUGAAAACGAAAACUUGUUAAACUUAAACCACAGGAGAAACCAUAACCAUAACCAUAACCAAAACCAACAAGGAAUUCAAUUUUGGCAUGAACCACAACCACAGCAUCAUCAGCAACAUCAACAUCAUCAAAAUCAUCAACAACAGAAUUCACACUCACACUAUUUGAAAAAACAAGGUUUUCUUGAUCAUCAUAAUACAAGUCCAACGAAUUUAGUUCAUCACGGUGGUGGUGGUGGAGGAGGAGGAUUAACCGGUUCUGGAACAAGCAGUGGUGGAGGAACAACAACGUGUCAAGAUUGCGGUAACCAAGCGAAGAAAGAUUGUAGUAAUAGAAGAUGCAGAACUUGUUGUAAAAGUAGAGGUUUUGAUUGCCCUACUCAUGUUAAAAGUACUUGGGUACCUGCUGCUAGAAGAAGAGAACGUCUUGCUUCUGCCACCACAACCACGGUGGUUGCUGGUGGUGGUUCCAGUGGUUCAACAUCCGGUGCUAAAAAACCUAGACUCAUAGCUUCACAAACUACUUCUCACACAUCCACUUCUAAUACUACACCCCCUAGAAGCUUUGACACCACCUCUAGCCACCAAGAUGCAGGUUUCAAAGAGUCAAUGCCGGGUCAAGUUCGCGCACCAGCCGUAUUCAAGUGUGUUAGAGUAACAUCGGUAGACGAUGGAAAAGACGAGUAUGCAUAUCAAGCCGUAGUGAAGAUCAAUGGCCAUGUUUUCAAAGGUUUUCUCUAUGAUCACGGUGUCGAGAAUAGAGAAGUUUAUCCUAACCUUUCCGAGCUUCAUUUAGGUGGUGGUGGAAGUGGAAAUAGUGGAGGUGCAAAUAGAAAUGUUGCUCCAUCUUCUUCACCAAUGUUAGAUCCUUCUCAUGAUGUUUAUGCAGCAGCUUCAAGUGGAGGUUUACUUGGAAAUUCAGGUUAUGGUGGUAAUCAAAUAAAUUGA